AUGGGGUACUAUGAUAUAGACGACAUACUAGCAGAAGGAACAAGGUUUCCAUGUAGAUUCAAUUACGAGAUACCAGGUCUAGGGUAUUUAGAAGGAAAUCCUGGCAAGCCCAUCUCAAAGCAUUCGAAGUUGGAGUUGCCACUAUGGAUGGUACAUCUUUUGGCUGUUGUCGGAGCACAGUCGGGUGAUAUAAAUGAUACAGAAGAACCGCUUCCUUUCGUAGAGCUUUUACCACCAGAUUUGUUUGCGCCUAGAGUUCUGAAUGCGAUCAAAUCUGGUGCUGCAAGUCUGGACUUGCAUGCGAUCAGUCCGUACUUCUACACGUUAGCGGAGAGAUGGGCUACACUGUUCUCGGAUAAAGAACUUUCUCAGGUCCUAAAAGAUAUGCUACUAGAAAGAGGACAAGAGAUAAACAAUUAUGCUGUAAGUGUCAGCUUGCAUUCCAACCAAGGUCAAACAAACGAGUCAGCUGUCUUCCUACAGAUGUUAGACGAGUUUGAAAAACAGAUAUAUAGAGACGCAAAUGUUAACUGCAAAGAGAUGAAAAAGUGGCUCGCUAUGAAGUGA